UAACUCGCCCCCUGCCCCGCCUCUCUGGACAGCCGGCUUUUGCAGCCCAAGGCUCCCGGCCUGAGUUCAGCCCAGUGAGGUUAGAGACCCGGAGAAGGGGUCCCGACCCCGGGCUGCUGUCCAUCCGGGCAGUGCCGGAGCCUCCGCCUGCAAAGCACGGCCAGGAGGCGCAGACCCCGAAGCCCCGAGGCCUGGGCGAGGUGAGCGGCGGAAGAUUUGUCUUCUGGAGACUCUACCCAUCCUCAGGGAAGAGCCCAGAAAGAAGAUAUGGCUAUUGGACCGAGGGAAGCAAGAUCUCAUGUGUCGGUGACCUUCGAGGAUGUGGCUGUGCUCUUUACACGGGAUGAGUGGAGGAAGCUGGGUCCUUCUCAGAGAAACGUGUACCAGGAAGUGAUGCUGGAGAACUACAGUAACCUGGUCUCACUGGGACUCCUGUUUUCCAAACCAAGAGUGAUCUCCCUGUUGCAGCAAGGAGAAGAUCCCUGGAAGGUAGAGAAAGAAAGUCCUGGAGGCCCCUCUCUAGGAUGUAAGAGCAGUCCUAAAACUACAAAGUCAACUCAAACCCAAGAUUCAUCAUUUCAGGGGCUAAGAAGGAAAAGACUCAAAAGGGAUGAACCCUGGAGUUUCCUAUCAGAAAAACCCUGUAUAUAUGAAGACAGAUUAAAGAAACAAAAGGACAAAAAUGAAAGUUUACAAAUAAUUUCAAUCACCCAUACAAAAAUCCUCCCUGUAGAAAGAAGCCAUAAAAAUAGCAACUUUGGCCAAAAUUUCGGCCUGAAAUCAGUCUUUGUUAAGCAACAGAGGGUUGCUAGAGAAAGAACACCCUCAAAAUAUGAAAUACAAAGAAAUAGCUUCAAGCAGAAUUCAAACUUACUUAGCCAACCAAAAAUCAAAACAGCAGAAAAGCGGUAUAAAUGUAAUAUAUGUGAAAAAGCCUUCAUUCACAAUUCUUCCCUUCGUAAACACCAGAAAAACCACACUGGAGAGAAAUUAUUUAAAUGUAAGGAAUGUUUGAAAGCUUUCAGCCAAAGUUCGGCUCUUAUUCAGCAUCAAAGAACUCAUACUGGAGAGAAACCCUACAUCUGUAAAGAAUGUGGGAAAGCUUUCAGCCACAGUGCAUCGCUCUGCAAACAUCUAAGAAUCCACACUGUGGAGAAAUCCUAUCGAUGUAAAGAAUGUGGUAAAUCCUUCAGCAGAAGGUCUGGCCUUUUUAUACAUCAAAAAAUCCACGCUCGAGAAAAUCCCCAUAGAUACAAUCCAGGUAGGAAGGCAGCCAGCACAUCCCUUCCUGGAUGUCAGAGAAUUCACCUCAGAAAGAAAUCCUAUUUAUGUAAUGAAUGCGGCAACACCUUUAAGUCAAGCUCAUCCCUUCGUUAUCAUCAGAGGAUUCACACGGGAGAGAAACCUUUUAAGUGCAGUGAAUGUGGGAGAGCCUUCAGUCAGAGCGCGUCUCUUAUCCAGCACGAAAGAAUUCACACUGGAGAAAAGCCCUAUCGAUGUAACGAAUGUGGAAAAGGUUUUACUUCUAUUUCACGACUUAACAGACACCGGAUAAUUCAUACCGGUGAGAAACUGUAUAACUGUAACGAGUGUGGUAAAGCCUUAAGUUCCCACUCGACACUUAUCAUUCAUGAAAGAAUUCACACUGGCGAGAAACCGUGUAAAUGCAAAGUGUGUGGGAAAGCCUUCCGACAGAGUUCAGCUCUCAUUCAGCAUCAGAGGAUGCAUACCGGAGAAAGACCCUACAAAUGCAAUGAGUGUGGGAAAACAUUCAGGUGUAACUCAUCCCUUAGCAACCAUCAGAGAAUCCAUACAGGAGAGAAACCAUACCGGUGUCUGGAAUGUGGGAUCUCUUUUGGCCAAAGUGCAGCUCUUAUUCAGCAUCAAAGGAUUCACACAGGAGAAAAGCCCUUCGAAUGUAACACGUGUGGGAAGACUUUUAGACAGAGCUCAUCACUUAUUGCACAUCAGAGAAUUCAUACUGGAGAGAAACCCUAUGAAUGUAAUGCAUGUGGGAAACUGUUCAGCCAGAGGUCAUCCCUUACUAAUCAUUAUAAAAUUCACAUUGAAGAGGAUUCCUUGAAAGUAGAUUUGCAUGUGUGAAAGCCUUAAACCAAAGCUCAGCAGGGUAUACAUACUUGAGAUUGAUUUAAUAAAUGCCAUGAUCAUGAGAAAACUUUUCUAUUUUAAUUUUGUCUCAUCAGAUAUUAAAUUCUAAGGAUAAAGAACUCUGACUACGUAAUAAAUAUGUGGAAAACUUUCA